GAGAAUUCGGAUACCAAUUGGCGCCACAAGAGCCCUAAUUGGGCAAUCCUCCAACAGUAACAUUUGCCCUUUACUUCAACUAUCUUCAUCUUCCCAUCUCUCUCUCAAAGUUCUUAUUAGGUCUCAUCAUUAUCCCAAGUUUUCCUCAGAUCUGAUUCCUCCAUUGCCCAAAAUCCUCUAUCAGUUUCUUCCCAAUCCCCCAAGUCAAAACCCUAGCUUCGUUAAGAGCAGAAAAAAUGGACAUGGAGGGUUUAUCGGGGAUCUGCGCCAGUCUCGGCAUCCUCGAAGAAGAUCAGACAACGAAACAGAUCGUAUACACAAAGGGCGAGCACUGUCUCGACGCUUUGAAAGAUUUGCUGAGGUUUUUAAGACGGGACAAUCCAGAAACGCGAGAAGUAUUUAACCAAGUUUGCAGAUGGAAUAUUGUUUCAAAAAACUUGAUUCCAAUUAUAGAACAUUGGCAACAUGAUCGGAAUUUGGUGUUAAAUGCAGUGAAAGUUUUAGUUUUUCUUUCAAUGCCUAUCGAGCCUUCUUCCAGUGAUAUCCGUCAACAGAUAGAGUAUCUUUGGGACAUAAAAUUUUCUCUUACGAGCAGUGAUGCUGUUGGAGUUAUAGUUUCUCUACUUGAAGGUCCACUUGAAAAUUUGGAAUUUGAAGUAUUCACGGAGGAUGACUGGAAAUUGGUCCAGCUGGUAGUCACCUUAUUUCGCAACAUUCUUGCCAUCCAAGAUUUUUCAUUGCUACAAAAUGCUGGCCAAUUUUUAUCGUUGAGAGAUAGAUUUCUUGAACUAUUGUUCCGUGAGAAUGUAAUGGAGUUAAUUAUAGUUAUAACUCAGCAUAUUGGUGGUUCUCGUGGCUAUCUUCGUCAGGAUAACUUGCUUCUAUUAGAAACUUUCCAUUACAUAUUCAUGAAUCAAGACCCAGAGUUACUUUCCAAAGCUCAUUUGAAGGGUUCUAAGGAGGGUGGAGAUGCCAAGGCUUGCUUUGAUGAUCUCAAGUCCAUCAUGGAAGAGGAAGCAAAGAAAAGAAGGGUUUCAAGACUCCACCGUACCGGUCGUCAUUCACAAUUUAGUGGAACAUUUACACGGCUUACUAUGGAUGGUUCUACAGCAGUGUACAAGGGAAACCCUGAUACUGCUUCUCAAAAUGCUCUGCUUAAAUCUCAUAAAGGCCAUGGGAUUUCAACUCAAAAAAUUGUGAGGGGUCAUGGACUAUUACCUUCAACUAGGAAUAAUAUUCUGGAACUGCUUCAUGAUUUUGUGAACCAGUUUCUUUCAGGAGGCUACAACGUAUUGAUGAAAUCUAUUCGUGAGGAUAUUGAGAAGGAACAUCAUGCUAUUCAGAAGGGUGACAUCAUUGUCUUCUUUAAGGUUGCUGAGUUUGUUACUUCUUUUCAAUAUCACAAGUUUUUGACCUCUAAACCAACUGUUGAAAAUCCUACACCUGAAGUUUCUGCUGAUAAAUGUGCUGAUAGCACAUUUUUCAAAGGUGACAUAUGUGGACCGAUUGCAGCAUCAAUGAAUGAAUCAAUGUUCCAACUUGUGAUUUCAAGAUGGCGUAAUGCAUUUGAAGGCUUGAAGGAAACUAAUGAUUACAAGUUUCUAUCCGCAGCAAGUUCUCUUAUGAAAAAUAUGAUCCGUAUGUUGGAUUUAAUGCUUAGCUUAUUUCCAGAGGAUUCUAAGGAGCCUCGGACAGCUCGUAUCCUUCUUUACAAGCUAUUUUAUGAUCAGACUGACCAAGGGAUGACCCAGUUCCUUCUAAGUCUAAUCAAAGUGUUCAACUCUCGCAAGCAACCCAAAAGUGAUCUUGCAGAUUUGGUAGAAAUGAUGCAUUUAAUUAUCCAGCUCAUGGAGAAUCUUCAAGCACGUGGCUCAUUAAGGGUUUCUAAAAAAUCAAGGAAGGGGAGGAAGAAGAAAGCAGUUAGUGACAAUCUUACCGAAAGUGAACUGUUUGAAGACCAUGCUGCUGCACCAGAUAGGGUUGGGACCUCAGUUUGUGACCAGUCAGCAGCAUUUGUCUCAGAAAAAGAGAGCCCAUUCAAGGGAAUAUCUGAUCGGAAAGAAGAUACUAGCACCCCUUUCUUGGUUGAUGAGCUAGAAAAAUCUGAGACAAAGAUGGAAUGUCCUGGAGAUCUGCCACAGGUUGAUAAUAAUACACCUGGUCAUGCUGAUGAUGAUCUUUGUUGCACCACUGAUGGUUCUUCUGGUGAUGAACAGCCAGCCACUGUUAAUGAAGUUGAUUUUAAAGUGUCUACUCUCACUUCAGCUUUUGCAAACUGCAGCAUUAUUCAAAAUUUGUGCUGGUUGCUAAAGUUUUAUAGGAGCAAUUCCAUUAAUACAAAUCACUACAUUUUAGGCAUUUUGCGGAAGAUCACUGAUGACCUCGAGCUUGCUCCCAUGCUUUAUCAGUUGUCACUCCUCACUACAUUUUAUGACAUCCUGGAAGAGCAGAAGUCAUGUCCAAGUGAGGAGCAUGCAGAUAUUGUUGGUUUUAUUUCGGGUUUGGUUAGAAACAUGCUAAAAAAAUUGAAGAACCAGCCCCUUCUUUUUAUUGAAAUUCUCUUCUGGAAGACACGGAGAGAAUGUCAUUACAUUAAUGCUGAAUAUUUAUUGCAUGAGCUGGGCCAUUGGAAGAAAGGAAGUAAAACUCAAGGGAGUGUUCUUGGAAAUGGUGAAAUUGGGUCCUCAGAGGCCGGUGGAUGGGUUGGCAGAAGCAUAGCAGAUGCACUGGGUGAGGAUGAAGCUGAUGUUAUGAUCUCUCAUGAGCUAGGACAUCUGAAUGAAUCUGGCUGGUGCAGUGGGGAAAAUUCCUUGGAAAAUAAAACUGGAGAGAUUAAUGAAAGAAAGAGAAGGCUUGUUCUCAAUGAUGACAUGGAGACAAAAGUCAAGGAACUUUAUGAGAAGUUCAAAGAUCAUCCGAACUGUAUCCGUCUUAUUGCGGAAUCCCUAGGUCCUGAUGGUGGAAUUUUGCCUGCUCAAGUUUCUAACAAGCUUAAACAGCUAGGACUUAAAGUUGCACCAAAGAAAAGGAUAUGGGGUUCUGAUCAACAGGGGGAUAAAAGCACUCUUCACGAUUCAAAUGAUUUAGAGGGAAGUUCACAAAGGCAACCUUUGAACACCAGAAAAAGAGUGCGUGCCUUUAGCAAGGAUCAGGAGGCAAUGAUUAAAGAUUUGUUUGAGCAGUAUAAAGACCAUAGGAGGUGUAGUUACAUGAUUGCAAAUGCCCUGGAUGCUGAUAAUAUGUUUACUGCUGCCCAAGUUUCACGCAAACUCAAGCAACUUGGUUUACAUGUUCCUCGGCAGAAAAGGUCUGAAGAUAACAUGCAUUUGAGGGAUGAGGAACUAAAUGACUUAUCUGCAGAUGAAACAUGUGAUUCCGACAAUGAGACAUUGCUGUCAUUUAGGAACAGAAACAAGGAUAAGGAUAGAUUGUUCAGUCAAGAGUUUCCAGCACAGAAUGUGGAAGGAAGAAUAUCAGAUGAUACUGAUGAUGAAACCUUAAGCUCUGUUCUCAAGAAAACUAGGAAGCUACCUUUGAAGUCAAAGAAUGAGAAGCUUGCAACAAUAACUACAAGGAAGAGGAUAGACAAAAUAUCAGAAGUUGUAGUCACAAAUGAUUUGACCGAAAACGAUGGAAGCAACCAGUUCAGUGAGAUUGAUGUCAUAUCUCACCAAGAGAGCAGGGACACUGUAAAUCUAUCACGUGUUUCACCUGAGAACAUUGAGGGUGAGUUGGCACAUCAGCAAGCAGAAGAUGAGUUGGCUGACUCAGGGGAUGAUGUAGUGUCUGGUUCAUUUGUAGAAAGUACCAUAAAUAGAAGGAAACUGAGGAUGGUAAUUGAUCCUGAAGAUGAUGACUAGAUUGAAGCAUAUUCAGGGGCUGCUCAACAUCUGCCGUUGUACAUGGCCAUUCUUUUGGCUGGUAAAUUGGAACAUGUUAGGUGCUCUAAAGCCUAGCCUAGUGUUUAAGAUGUACGAAAUAUUUCUGUGGCUUAUAAUUGGGAGGAUUGGGUACUCUCUAACGGCUGCAUGUACUAAGCGGGGGAUGGCUGAUGUAUAGAACUUGAUUAUUUUUUGGAAGGCAUUUUUGUAUAUAGGAAAGGCAUUCUGAAUGUCUCCUUCUCAAUGAUGCUGGUCCACCGUUGCCUUGGCAGUGUCAUUUGAUA